CCUGACGGGAGCUGGAUUACUAACUGUAAUUUAGCGGUGUGCUUCAUUGUUCUUUCCUGCUGUGCAGUUCGGCUGAGGUGCAGGGAGCUCAGUGAGUGCAGAUCAUCAGCAAGAGUGCAUUUUUUUGGGUGUUGCUACGGUCCAAUCUCGCCAAGCAGAAUGGCUGAGCUGGGAAAGUAUCCCUGUGAAUAGAAGAUUCCGUGGACAGCGAACAAUGCUGAGAACAUCGUUACAUGAUACGAGCGACUCGGAGCAUCAGAUGAGUCCCUACAGCCCCAACAAGCAACUUUGCAAUGGAGGAUAUCAGAGGCCUCAGGAGGAGGAGGAUCAAAGAGACAUUUCCGCAUGUUCAAAGCUCAGUCUCUUUGACAAGUUGACGCUGUCCCACAACAUCUGGCUGCAGCUUGGAAUUGAGCCGUUUGAAGUGAAGCAAGUGCUCGGGAGGCAACCUCCAGGGACAUUUUUAUUGUGGAGCAACAAUUGUGGGAAAAAUAAGAUCCUGACUGUUCGACUAGGAAAUGGAACGUCUGAAUCUGAGGACUUCAUCGUCAAGGAGGAUGGUUCAGUUUUUUAUCUGGAACAUUCCUAUCUGGGAUUCAGCAGCUUAUUCCAGCUGAUUGGCUAUUACUGUGUGAGCAGAGAUGUCCUGCCAUUUCGGCUGCAGUUGCCACCAGCCAUCUUACACAUGACCAGCAAAGAAGAGCUGCAGCAGAUCUCAGCGCUGGGCAUGAUGUUCUGGGACUCGCCGCUCAACCAAAGCCAAGGUGCAUUCUACCAGGAAACCACGGGCAAUGUCCUCGACGUCAGCCCCACCCCCAGCUUGGAGCUCCUGAAACAGCAGCACCUCCCGAUGUGUUCCAUCCAGGUGACGGCCGAAAAUGGGGCGCUCUUCUUCAUCAACCCCCUUUUCCUGAAAGAGCACGGAGACAGCUGGCUCACCAAAAUGCCUUUGCGGGCGCACCCCUUCAGGCACUCGAGACUGGCGGUGAGAUGCAGGAAACCAUCGGUCAGCUCCGAAGCGAGUCCCACUCCCCCCCAAAAGCACCAGGAGAUGGCGGAGCGGAGUGACACGGAAGGCUCGGAUUCUGGCAAGAGCUUGGAGGAAGAGGAGGAGAUAGUUAAAGGUCCCGUCCGGAGUGUGGAGAAGAGCACGCCCUCCGAGAGCACCGAAACAGCUUUGAGAAGGAAGAAUUUCACACGGCGGGCUGCCUGGAGUUGGGGGGAAGACACAGAGUCCAACCUCCCCGAGCGGAAGGUCAUGGACCAAGACCGGGCGAGGCCCCGGAGCACCGGGUCGGAGGUGAGAGCACGGGACUGCCGCACACUGCCGGUGCACUACCGUGCCUCCUGGUUGGAAGGGGGCAAUCAGGGAACGUCGUCGCGCCUCCUGAAAUCCGGCUCGGAGACCUCCCUCUUCGCCUGCGACAGCCCGCCCCUCCCACCCAUCUCUGAGCUGGACUCGCUGUCGAUCAGCAGCAUGGAGGACGAGAGCGACCCGGCGGGUACGGUCCAGAAGCAGCAGAAGUGCCACUCCACCGGCCUGUCCGACAAGGUCAGGUUCCGCCUAUCGGCUGUCGGUCACGCCUUCACUGGCCUCAUGUCCACGGACCGCAGGAUCAGGAACAAGAUCAUGGAGCUGGGGCAGGACAAGGGGUCUUACUUUGGGAGCCUGGUGCAAGGGUUUAUCUCCUACGCCAUGGAAAACAAGGACAAGUAUGCCAGCAGCACCGAGAUGCUGCAGGGGGUUUACCACAUGAUCACCAGCCUCCGUCACUAUCUGUCCCAAAGCUCAGAACUCACUCACAUCCGGGACCAGUCAGACCAUGAAGAAUGUGAUAUAGACGCAUCCAUUGAAAAGGCUUUGCAGAAGUGCAUUUUGAAGCCUUUGCGGGACCACAUCUACUCCUGCCUCCUCGACUUCCAUACCAAGGACGGCUCCCUGAAGAAGCUGAGGGACAACCAGCUGGUUCUCCAGUCCCAGAGCCUGGCAGAGCUGAGCGUGUUGGCUGACGUACCUGAUGCUGUGGGCCUGGAGAAAAUCCAGCAGAAAUUCAAUGCCAUGCACUCGUCUUAUUGUCCCUGGAAGAAGGUGACCCAGCUCCUGAAGGCCUGCAAACUUAUUUAUGAAGCAAUGUCCGCGACAUCAGGGAAACCCUAUGGAGCUGAUGACUUUCUACCGGUCCUGACCUACGUUCUGGCAAGCAGCAACUUGACAAACCUCUCCCUCGAUGUGGAAUACAUGAUGGAGCUUUUAGACCAGAGCCAGCUACAGGGUGAAGGUGGAUAUUAUCUAGUAACGAUGUUUGGCGCACUCUACCACAUCAGCAACUUCCAGCCCAGGCAUAUAACCCGACAGAUGAGUGAUGAGGCCAAGUCAUCGCUUCGUCAGUGGAGAAGGAGAAGGACAUUACACCAUACCCAGUCAAAGAGACGCUCGGCACAGGAUUUGCUCCACAUUUCUUUCCGGGAGCCGUGCGGCAUCCAGGCCACUAUCCUGGCCCCUGCGCACACGAGCAUGGUGGAAGUGAGGAAAGCUUGCGGCGAGAAGUUCGAAGUGCCGGACCCGGAGAACUACGACAUCUUCGUGGUCAGGGGCGACUCUUACCAGCUGCUGGAGGAAGAUUGCUACCCUCAGAAGGUCAAGGAAGAGCUGCGGCAGAAGGGGGAGUCGGCCUUCCAUUUUGUGUAUGGGCCCAAGGACAGAGACGAACUCCCCCAGACUUCAUCGCAGGAAGGGCUGGCCACUUCAUGAUAAAUCACCUUAGGGACUGAAACCCCAGAGGGUUAUGUUGGCUGCUUUGCUUUAAAGUCCGAGAAAUAUUUUGAGGCCAGGGUCACUUGGUAAAUCUCUUGAGCUGUGGUCUCCUGUUUCUGGGCAGAACCAAUGGAACAUAAGAAUAGCAGAAGGCCAUUCAGCCCCUCUGGCUUGUUCUGCUGUUCUUAUAGCUGAUGUGUCUCACAUAUGAUACAUACCCCAGUCUUGUUAAAGCACUCCAUCUUUUAAGAAUCCUCUGUGUGGGUAAAGAAACCUUUUUCCUUCCGCUCAUUCUUCACGUGAUCAUCCUCAGUUUGUGUCCCCCUAUUUACUGAUCCACCAAUUUCAGGAGACACCUCAUCAAAGUCCUUUGAUCACCUCUACCAGAUCCUGAACCUCCUCUGUCCCACCGAAAAGAGGCCAAAUUUCUUGGGUCUUAGCGACAUGAUAAUCUCUCAUUUUUGGUAUUGCUCCUGUGAAUCUUCCUUGUCCAGAUUCUACUGGAUCUAAUAUCCUUCUGACAAUGAAAUACCCAGAAUUGCAAACAAUAUUCCAACUCUGGGAGACUUGUACAAAUCCAAAAUUGUUUUUAGAAUGUGGAUGUCGCUAGCAAGAUUGACCAUCCCUUAGUUGCCCUGCAAGGCUUCAGGGUAACUGUGUUGUGCGCUGGUGGUCAGAUUGCUUCCAAGGGCUAAUCAUGUUUUGUGGGACUUGGCCAUACUGGGUAGGUGGGAGGGCAUUAGUGACCCAGUUGUUUUUUUUUAAAUCAUUCAGGAGUUUAAGGUCAUCUUUUUCUGAUGAAAGUCCACAAAGGGCCAGAUUUUUUUUGUUCUUUUGUCAGCCAAAUGCUACUGUCGAGCGAGGUUGAAGGAUCAUGUCUUUCAACAACUACUUGUAUUCAUAGUGUCUUUUUAAUGUGGCAAAACAUCCAAAGGGUGCUUCGCAGGAGCCUUACAAAACAAAGUUUGGUGCCAAGCCACUACAUGAGGAGAUAUUGUGACAGGUGAAGAGAGUGGGCUUGAAGGGGCAUCUUAAAGGAGGAGAGAGGGGCAGAGAGGAAAUUCCAGAGCUUAAGGCGUCAGACCGCUGAAGGCAUGGCCGCCAACGGUGGAGCAAUUAAAAUCAGGGAUGCUCGAGAGGUCAGAAUUGAAGGAGCGCAGAGAUCACGGAGGGAAGUGGUGCUGAGGGUUACAGAAGGGCGGGACCAUGGAAGGGUUUAUAAACAAUUCAGGGGUCACUUAUCCAGGAGCCGAGGGGUGACUUGGCCUUAUCUCUGCUUCCUGUUCAUUUAAAUACAGCACCAACAUCCCCGAGGCCAUGAAAUCCUGUCCCAUCUUAAUUUAUUUUGUUGCUUUAAAAGAAUUAUUUAGUCGCCAUUUCUUUCUCAGAGGAGCCGCAAACUUGGAAGGUUUGGCUCCCCUACGUUAAGCAGAGACACUCCAUAUCUACUGGAGUGAAGGGUUCUUCACUGUUCCUCCAUGUUGGAGUGUGCGUCAGUGAUUAUCUUCACCCCCAGCUGUCUACAGAACAAAGUUCAUUCUUUUGAAAAACGUUCUUACCUAUCUCAAAAUUGUACCUCACAAAAACGUGGGAAAUGUGAUUAAAUUGUAAAUUGAAAUAAAAGUACCAAUGUAUAUUG